UUCAGUGCGGCGACGCGGCCGCUCGUUUGAAUUUGAAGGCGGAAACAUGGCGGGUGUGAGCGGCACCGGGGCGCAGUAGACGGAGCUUGCGGGCAGAGGCCGGCGGGAGCUGCGUGCGGCAGAAUGGAAUCUGACCUCGGUCAAGACGGGGCCCCCAGACCAUCUUACGUCUUUAGUGCCGACCCACUGGCAAGGCCUUCGGAAGUAAACUUGGACGGCAUCAAGCUUGACCUCUCUCACGAGUUCUCCUUAGUUGCUUCGAACACCGAGGCAAGCUGUUUGGAAUCCAAAGAUUAUCUCCAAGUUUGUCUUCGAAUAAGGCCGUUCACACAGUCAGAAAAGGAACAUGAGACUGAGGGCUGUGUGCAGAUCGUGGACACACACACUGUUCUGCUGAAGGAGCCUCAGAGCGUCCCUGCUCGGCUGAGUGAGAGAAGCUCCACACAGAUGACACAGAAAUUCAGCUUCUCCAAGGUUUUCGGUCCAGAAACGACCCAGCAGGAGUUCUUCCAGGGCUGCGUCCUCCAGCCGGUGCAGGAUCUUCUGCGAGGCCAGAGCCGGCUGCUGUUCACCUACGGGCUCACAAACUCUGGGAAAACAUACACGUUUCAAGGUACGGAAGAGAAUGUUGGCAUACUGCCUCGAACUUUGAAUGUACUGUUUGAUAAUCUUCAGCAAAAGUUGUACACAAAGAUGAACCUUAAGCCACACAGGUCCAGAGAGUAUCUGCGGUUAUCACCAGCACAAGAAAAAGAAGAAGUUGCAAACAAAGCUGCACUGCUCCGGCAGGUCAAAGAGGUUGUUGUACACAAUGACAGUUGUGAUACUCUGCAUGGAAGUUCAGUAAACUCUCUGAAUAUCUCAGAGUGUGAAGAACCCAUGAAAGAUUGUGAACAAGCUACUAUGAAUAUGGAUAAUAACAUAAAAUUUUCCGUGUGGGUCUCUUUCUUCGAGAUUUAUAAUGAGUGUAUUUAUGACUUAUUUGUGCCUUUAUCAUCUAAAUUCCAGAAGAGAAAGAUGCUCCGGCUCUCCCAGGACGUAAAGGGCUAUUCCUUUAUAAAAGAUCUGCAGUGGAUUCAAGUGUCUGACUCCAAAGAAGGACAUAGGCUUUUGAAGCUCGGAAUAAAGCACAGGAGUGUCGCCUUCACGAAGCUGAACCAUGCUUCCAGUCGGAGUCACAGCAUCUUCACCGUCAGAAUACUGCACACCGAAGAUGCCGGCGUGCCGCGGGUAAAGCGAGUCAGUGAACUGUCUCUAUGUGACCUUGCUGGGUCAGAGCGAAGCAUGAAGACGCAGAAUGAAGGGGAGAGGCUGAGAGAGACCGGGAACAUCAACACUUCUCUGCUCACUCUGGGAAAGUGCAUCGGUGUCUUGAAGAACAGCGAAAAGUGCAAGUUCCAGCAGCAUGUACCUUUCCGGGAAAGCAAACUGACGCACUACUUUCAAAGCUUUUUUAAUGGCAAAGGGAAAAUAUAUAUGAUUGUCAACAUCAGCCAGUGCUGUUUUGCCUACGAUGAAACACUCAGUGUGCUGAAGUUCUCAGCCAUUGCUCAGAAAGUUUGUGUUACAGACACCUUGAAGUCUUCUCAGGAGAAGUCAUUUGCACCUGUAAGAUCCUCUCAGGAUACAUCUGUUGACGCCAAUAAUUCAGACAAUAAAAGCCUCAGUGUGAGAAGAGCCGCAGUGUCCUGGGAAAGCACCCUAGACGACGUGGUGGAAGAUGAAGGUCUGGGCGAAGACACAGAGCAAUCUGAAGAGAAGCAGAGCUCGGAAUCUGAACUUACUGAUGCAGAUCCUGAGAAAACAUUUGAGGACGCUAAGACUUUGGUUACGCACGAGGAGAAGAGGAAGCUGUUGGAGUUAAUAGAAGAUUUGAAACAAAAACUGAUAAGUGAAAGGAAAGAAAAGCUGACGUUAGAACUUAAAAUCCGUGAGGAAGUCACCGAGGAAUUCACUCAGUAUCUGGCCCAGCGAGAAGCGGACUUUAAGGAAACUCUUCUCCAGGAGCGAGAGAUCUCAGAAGAAAACGCUGAGUGCCGUGUGGCCAUCUUCAAGGAUCUGGUUGGUAAAUCUGACUCUGAAGAACCAGUGAAUCGGGAUUGUGCUGUGAAAACGGAGAGCAAAGAAGCACAUAAUUAUGUAGGAAUUGAAGAUUUUAUUGAUUCUCUCCAAGAUGAUGUGUCUGAUAUUAGGAAACAGACUGAAAUUGCUCACUUACACAUUACGUCUCUUGCUGACCCCCAGGAAGCGGUUGCUUGUUUAGAACUAAAGUUUAAUCAAGUUAAAGCUGAAUUAGCUAAAACCAAAGAAGAAUUAAUCAAAACCCAGGAAGAGUUAAAAAAGAGACAAAAUGAACCAGAAAUUAACUUAAAUUCACGGACUGAAGAUCUCGAGGAAUCAAAUAAGGUCAGGACCGCUGCACGUUCUCCAGCAGUGAACACUGAGCUGACUUGUAGCGCAUCUGUCGGAGUGCCUCAGGACUUGAAAACCAAAACCUGCCCAGGGGGGAAGAGGUUAAAUGACAGCGGACUUGAGCAGGAAGAGCCACCGGCAAAGAGAGGACCUGUGCAUGCGGUUUCAACUGCCACUGAACAUCAAAAGGAAACCAAAGAGCAGAAUGACCAAGCUGCACAGGAAAGCCGGGCAGAGCUGCGGAGACACCUGCGCAUCGUUGACAGUGAGCUUCGAGCAGAGAGGGAAGGCAGGGCAGAGUUAAAUAAGCAGGUCGCUGCUUUGCAGCAAGAACUUUUUCUGUCUGAAAAAAAGAGUUCUAGUUUACGUUCAGACCUCCAGCAAAUUCAGUUAAGUUAUGACAAUGUAAUUUCUGAAUUAUGUGUACAGAGAAGUAAAAAUCAAGAACAGGAGAAUAAGAUCAUAAAAUUAUCAGAGGAGGUUGAAAUCACUAGAAGAAAUAUGACAAAUAAUGUUUCACAGAUGAAAUUAAUGCAGGCAAAAAUGGAUGUGCUGCGGGCACUGGUUUCAGCUUCUCAAGCCUCAGACGCAGACUGGCUCCACCCCAGGGGCUCGUCACGCGACCCUCGAGAGGCAGCGGGGCCACACCCUGCAGACACGGGCGACCUGGUGACCGGUCAGGCCACCGAGGACCAGGCUCGAGAACUCAGUGGGGAAAGUUCUUUCCACUCUAGCAUGGAAGCCAUUUGGGAAGAGUGUAAGGGGAUUGUAAAGAGCUCCUCUCAGAAAAGUCGCCAGAUCCAGGAACUAGAGCAGCAUAUCAGGGGUCUGCAGGAGGAACUGAAAGUCCAGCUGAGCGAAAACAACCAAGUGAAGGAGAGGGAGGGUGGCGGCCAGUGCGAGCUGCUGAGAGAGAAGGAAAGGCCCGUACAGCCACUGAAAGGUGAGCUGCGGGAGAAAGCUGCCGGUCUGGGUGUUCACGCACAGCUUGUAGUGGCAGGGGAAAGAGCACUUUCAGAACUCACACAAGACGUUACUUGCUAUAAGAUAAAAAUAAAAGAACUUGAGUCAAUGUUAGAAACUCAGAAAGAUGAACACAGUCAGUCGAGCAAGUUAGAGCAAGAAAUUCUGGAAAAGGAAUCCGUCAUCUCAAAGUUAGAAGCAGAUCGAAAGGAAUUUCAAGCAAAUCUUCAGGACUCUGUCAAAAUCACUGAAGAAUUAAGGCAGAGGGAAGUGAAGUUGAAAGAAGAAGUCACCCAGUUAACAAACAGUUGGCAAGCAGCGAAGCGUUUGCUUCAGUUACAGGAAGAAGAGAAAGAAACCAACUGGAAAGAAACAGAAAGGCUGAAGGAGGAGCUCUCUGCAAACUCUGCUGUCACUCAGGCUCUGAAGGCAGACCUUGAGAAGAAGGAAGAAGGCUAUGCUGAGCUGAAAGUCAAACUGGCUGAUGCCAAGAAGCAGAUCGAGCAGGUGCAGAAAGAGGUGUCUGUAAUGCGUGAUGAGGAGAAAUCAUUGAGAAUUAAAAUCAGUGAACUGGAGAAAAAGAAGAAUCAGUAUUGUCAGGAAAUUGACAUGAGACAACGAACUAUCCAGCAGCUCAAGGAGCAGCUGAGUCGUCAGGUGGAAGAGACUGUGCAGCAGCAGGAGAAGAUGAGCAAAGAGAUAAGUAUCAAAGAGAAAAUAAUUGAAGACAUGCGUUUCGCACUGGAAGAGCAAGAACAGACUCAGGUAGAACAAGACCAGGCGCUCGAGGCUCAACUGGAGGAGGUCACGAGGCUGACCACAGAACUGGAGAAGUGGAAGGCAAACUGCAGAGACCUGGAAGCCAAAGGGAGCAAGGUGCCGAGUGAAGAGCCUGCGGACGACAGAGCGGCAGUCGGUGCAGAGCUCAGCGGGCUGCAGGCUGAGCUGCAGGCAUCCGAACAGAAGUACAGAGCCGACAGGAAGAAAUGGUCGGAAGAAAAGAUGAUGCUUCUCACUCAAGCAAGAGACGCUGAGAACCUGCGGAACAGAGAGAUGAGGAAGUACGCCGAGGACAGAGAACGCUGCCUGAAGCAGCAGAGCGAAGCGGAAAUGCUCAGAGCACAGCUGGCAGAGAGAGAGAGCAGCCUCCAGAAGUGGCGAGAGGAGCGGGACCAGCUGGUCGCAGCACUGGAAGUGCAGCUGGCAGAGAAGGAGAGCAGCCUCCAGAAGUGGCGAGAGGAGCGGGACCAGUUGGUUGCGGCACUGGAAGUGCAGCUGGGAGCUCUGGCCGCCAGCAGCGCGCAGAAAGACCAUGAGGCCGUGCGGCUGCGAGAGAGCACAGUGCCGGGCUCCCACAGUGAGACGCGAGUCAUGGCUACCAAGCUCGGACAUGAGAGCCCAGCAGAGCCUCGCAGAGUCGAGACUGAGCCUCAGCCCACAAAUGCCGACGUUGCCAGGAAGGAAGCAGAGGAUGAAUCUGUAGUUCUUGACUCCUGUGAAGUGUCAACAGAAAACAGUCAAAGUACCCGGUUUCCAAAACCUGAGCUAGAGAUUCAGUUCACACCUUUACAGCCAAACAAAAUGGCUGUGAGACGCCCUGGCUGCAGCUCACCGGUGACGGUCAAGAUGCCCAAGGCUCGGAAGAGGAGGAGCAGUGAGGUGGCUGAGGGUUUGGUGAAAUGUGAAAACAAGAAGAAUUCUACACCCAAACCUAAUUUUAAAUCCCCUAUUCCUGCAUGUAGAAAUUCUCCUCUCAAUAAAGAACAAAAGGUCUCCACAGCUCCACCAUCUAAAGCGUAUUCUUUACGGAGUCAGGCAUCUACAAUUAACAGAAACUCAGCCGCUAAAAAAAAAGAUGGAACACUACAGAAAUUUGGAGACUUUUUACAGCAUUCUCCUACAAUUCUUCAGUCAAAAGCAAAGAAGAUUAUUGAGACGAUGAGCUCUUCCAGGCCCCCACGAGUUGAGUCAAGUAAAGAGGAUGGGCCUCGACCAAAGCGGGCCAAACGGAGACUCUAUACCAGCCAGAUCUCCUCUCCUCUCAGCAUGGCCGGCCAAGUGAUUGUGAUGGACCAGAAAGUGAAAGAAAGUGAUCAUCAGAUUCUCAGACGGCGACUUCGAACUAAAACGGCUAAAUGAAUCGCCUGUGGAGAAUGCUCAGAGCCCGUAUUCAUGGUUGUUGCGGCUCACGUCUUGGCUUUUAAAGUAAUUGUGCGUGUGCGUGGACAGAUAAUUGUGUGUCCAUGGCCGUGUGAUUCCUGCUCAAUAAAGUCGGUGAGACUCAG